AUGUUGCUUGUCGGAUGGCUGGCCAUUGCGCUCGCUGCUCAGUGUUCCGGGGCCACCAGUCUCCCGAAAGACGGACGAUGUGUGACAGCCAUUUAUUCAGCGUACAACUACAUAUCGUUUUCGGGUAGUCCCGCAAAUGGUAUGUGGGAUACGCGGUGCCAGAAUCCACUCAAGGUCACAUCCAUUUAUGCUGCUUCUCAAAUAUACUGCUCCGACCGAGAGUGCGCGGCCGGUUUGGCUCGGCUGGCGACCGAGUGUCGCAAAUUCGGGAAUCAGAAACUGCUGCCCAGAGACGAAGUUGCGGGCAACCUGACUGAGGAUGCGAUCCAGGCCAUGCGGACUGUGGAUUAUUUGGAGUUGCCACGGGCAGAGCCUGUGGACACCCCCGUCAUUCUUUCUGCUUCCUUCUUUAACCGAAUGUUUAAUACAAUUGACUCUUGGCAAUUUGAGACCUGGUCGCAUCAUGCAUUUGGGUAUGUGGGCUACGCCUACUGGAGCAUCAUCCUACUCGGAGGAAUCAUCGUUCGUUUAUGUGAUUGGCUCUUCUACCGUCGAUACCCAGUCGCGCGUGAGCUCAAAACUCAUCGGUAUCCCUCGAACUCUUACCAGGGCGUCUCUUUUGCAUGGGCAGGCAGGAUCUAUCGCUGGUUACAAACACAUGUAAUCACUCCAGCGCCAUGGACGACACAGAGCUGGUAUUUCUUGGGAUGCUACUUUCCCUCUCGAAUUGAAGCGCUAGUGGUCGGCGGGUUUUGGAUAAUCAGCAUCGUUCUGAGCGUCGUGGCUUACCGAACCUUCCCCGGUAACAUCUAUUGGCCCGAUACCUCCAGCCAACUCUUACGGUACUCUGCGGAUCGUACUGGAAUUAUGUCUUUCGCAAAUUUUCCGCUCUUGUGGAUAUUUGGUGGACGGAACAAUGUCUUUCUGUGGGCUACUGGUUGGAGCUUCGCAUCAUUCAAUAUGUUCCAUCGUCAUGUGGCACGCGUGGCAACUGUGCAGGGUGUGGUGCAUUCGAUUCUGUAUACUGCGAUCUAUAUCCGAGCGAAUAAGGUUUACAAGGAACUUUCAAAGACCUAUAUCCUAUGGGGAAUACUAGCCUUUUUUGUCAUGCUGCUGCUGGUGGUCACCUCGUUCGAUCGGAUCCGCCACGCGACAUACGAGAUAUUCUUGAUAACACAUAUUGUGCUGUCCAUUCUGAUACUAGUCGCAUGUUUCUACCAUACGUUUAUAUUCGAAGGACAGGAGUACUGGACUUAUUUGUGGCCAUCUGUGAGUGUGUGGGCUUUGGAUCGUUUUUUACGGCUCGUGCGCCUCUGCUAUUGCAACCUCCAUGUCAGCUCUCAAGGUGUUCAAUCUUCGGUGAGCCGCAUGGUUUAUGAUGAAGAAGCCGAUGUGGUGCGUUUGGAAGUUACGCUCCCAUCAAUGCGUUUACGACCAGAGGCCGGACUGUAUUACUUCUUGUACCAGCCGUUUCGAUUUACAGGGUGGGAGAGCCAUCCGUUUACGGUCGGGGCUUGGUCUUAUGAGCUUGAUUCAUUCAAGGGACCAUCUGCGAAGUUUUGGGGAAAUCCGAACAGAUCGCUAGAUAUUUCACAGGUGCCUCUUCUUUAUGGCGAUGGUGAAACCCAAGGCUCGCUGGAAGAAGCCAGUGGCGUGGAUAGCAGCCUAGCAUUGAAGUUGAUUUUUUGGAUUCGCCCGUAUGAUGGAUGGACACGUCAACUUCGUCAUCAAUGUUUGAAAUCUCCCACACGAGCAACCGAUGCAACGAUCCUUCUGGAAGGACCAUAUGGGGACGCCUUUCCCCUCUGGCGGUAUGAAUUCGUGCUCAUGAUAGUCGGUGGAACCGGCAUUGCGUGCGCUGUGCCUUACAUCCAAGAUCAUCUUCUUCGCUCGGCUGAGGAAGGGAGUCAGCAAAAUCCCGACGAGGAAAAGACUCAAAUCCAGGAUAUUGAGCUUAUCUGGUCCGGACGACAAGUGGCUUUCUUCCGAGAUGUGGCCUAUGGGGAGUUGAAGCCUGCUUUGGAUCGAGAGGAGUUCCGUGCUUCAUUCUACAGCACGGCGACUGCUGAGGCGCCUCCAGAGUAUUUGGCUGCGAUCGGAUGCGAGAUUAAAUCCGGACGACCCGAUCUUCUAUCGCUAAUCCUUCAACGCGCCCGAGAUGCAACCGCCGCUGGUGCUUCUCUUGCCAUUGUCGUAUGUGGUCCGGUGGGGAUGGCACGGGAGACUCGGGCAGCGGCCCAUCUCGCCAUGCGGCAGGGGUACCAGUCGAUCAAAUAUGUCGAGGAAUCCUACACAUGGUAA